UCACAUGCUUUUUCUUUGAAUGGUUAAGAGUGCCCAGCUAGGUUUGCUUUCCCAAUAUAUCACUUAGAAUCAUAAUAUUUUAGAGUUGGAAGGGAACUUUGAGGUCGUCUAAUCCAGUGUUUCCCAACCUUGUGCCUCCAGAUGUUUUGGGACUACAACUCCCAUCAUCCCUAGCUAGCAAGACCAGUGGUCACGAAUGAUGGGAAUUGUAGUCCGAAAACAGCAGGAGGCACAAGGUUGGGAAACACUGGUCUAAUCCAACCCCUGCCUUAAUGCAGGAUGUGUAAUGGAGGAUGCAACUACCGGUAUGUUAUCUCUGACAGAUGGCCGUUGAGUCUCUGCUGAAUACCUUUUGUCAAAUGAGAGCCCACCCUUGCUCUUCCCCUCAGACCUUAAACCAGGCAUCCCCAAACUGCGGCCCUCCAGAUGUUUUGGCCUACAACUCCCAUGAUCCCUAGCUAACAGGACCAGUGGUCGGGGAAGAUGGGAAUUGUAGUCCAAAACAUCUGGACGGCCGAAGUUUGGGGAUGCCUGCCUUAAACCCUCACCACAACUGGAGGUUUUGAAACUUUUAUUGAUGAAGUCGGCACAGCUUCCCAACGUGGGUCUACAGGUUACAAGCAGGUUAAACAUGAUAGAGCAAUAGGUACAACAUGAAAUAACAACAUGAAAGGUACAACAUGAAAUAACAACAUGAAAGGUACAACAUGAAAUAACAACAGUAGUGCUGCAUUAUUGGAGCCUGGUGCAAUGUCAACACCUACGAAGUCAUCCCUGAAAACACUGUCAUCUAUGGAGCUGACUGCCUUCGGCGAGUGCAGACUGAGCGGCCCCAGCCACAGACAUUGCAGCUGGACUUCCUAAUGAAAAUCCUGCCAAACUAUCACCAUCUUUAAAAAGCCAUGAAACCAUCUUCUACUCCUGUGAAGAGCUGAAGACACCCUUCUCCCAGCAUGCUUACCAGAACUGCAGUGCUUUCAGGACUCUUGCGUCCGCAAGAACUAACUCACUUACAUGCUCGUUCAUUCCAUUGUGCAACAUAAUAAUUAUUUAUUAAAAUGGUGAAAAAUGAAAAAAAUAACAACAACAGUAGUGGACACACCUUCUCCCAUCUCUCAGGAUUUUGAGACUAGGCACAGGAAUUGCUAACAAGUUCUUCUGAACAGAUGAGAAGUAAAAAGAAGCAAUCCCAAACAAUGCAAUGAAUAAUGUUGGUAUGAUAAUUUUAGAUAAUAUAAAAUAUUCAGCGAUUUCUUUUAAAAGACAGUUGUACAGUGCUAACGUUUUAAUUGGUUUUGUUAAUAUUGGUUGUGUGACAUUUCAGUGAGAAGUUGCCAAGGGUGCGGGGGUGGGGUGUAACUUCGCCAAGACCUUGGGAAUUUCACAGCAUUAAAUGCAUCUUUUAAAUCUUAUUUGCAAUCCUAAAGGAUAAAUGCUCUUUAAAAAAAAACCAACAACAAUCCCAAACCCAAGAAAACUAAUAAUAUUAGGUUAUUCAGGUGCCACCCACAAGCUGAAACCUGUGACUUGUCGUGUUACAAUUAUUGUAAUGAAAUAAAUAUUAACCAGUGUGGUAUACAGUAAGCAUAUAGUAUUGGCCUGGGGUUCAAUUUCCAUUUGGCCACAAAAUGUAGCUUAGCCUACGUUUAUGAUUGUUGCUCCCUGAUUUCCUGCGAGAUGGGAGGGCAGUAGAAAUAUAAAUGGGAUAAAAUAAUGGUAGUAAGCCAGAAUGUCUGGAAUCAGAAUGGGUUUUAUCAGUUUAAUGUCUAUUAUAUAUAUGAGAGAAGAAGUUAAAUCUAUGUACUCUGUUCCCUACAGAACUGUUGCUGGAAGAAAUAGAAUUGUCUUUCAGAAAGCUUUUGGCCUGUCUUCUUCAAUGUGUGCCCCCAAAGGCCUUGCUUAGAGAGUAGGUCAGGAUGAGCUAAUCCAGUGUGGCAAUGGAUAUAUACACAUGGCACAUGGGAAUACGUAGCACGUCAGGCGCUGCAACCUUACAACAGUUUGACUUCACCCCUGAAGGCGCACUCCUCCAUCGCCUCAAAGACAGAUGGACGCCAACAACCAAUUAACAUAACUGCAAUACCACUGGCCAGUGUCUUGUUUGUGUACUAUAAUUUCUCUGCUGUCCUCAUGUGGAUUUUAAAGCUUGCGUGCCCUUGAUAGGUCAGUCAUAUGAUUUCCUCUCUGCAGUUCAAAUUCCUUUGUGUUGGAUUAAUGGCUUGCAAGUAGUGUAGGAAUUAAUAGGACUCCUAACACCGAGGGUGGGGUGGUGGGCUGCUGCAAGUUGUUUGUGCUGACACUGGCAAGCAAACUGAAAUGUGCUUUAGGUGAUAAAGAGAUGGUGAAAGAGGGAAGUCGAAAUCCUUUUCUCUGUUUGUCUGCCCCCAAAUGGAAGAGAAGAGGCAGCUACUCUUUACACAGAACAUAAAACAAGCCCCCUGUCAAGAACAGACUGACUUAAACUCUCAGUAUCUCUUCGCUUGCUCUUAAAAAUUGAGAAGAGUGGAAACCCAGGUAAAAAUACACUUGCGUUUCUGUUUGUAGCAAGAUGUUUCUUCUUCCCAACAAUGGGACAAUCCCUCUUCCUCUUUUGCAAAGGGAAGAGGAAAUGCAAGACACUGAAAGGGCUCAGGUGGGUUCAACUCUUAGCAUCUCCAGGAAGGGCCCCCUGCCAGAAACCCUGGAGAGUCACUGCCUGUUAGUGCAGACAACACUGAGCUGCAUGGAUCAAUGGUCUGACUCAAAUGAGGCAUCUUCCUGUGUUCAGACAUGUUCCAUUUGCGCAGUUUAUGCAUGAGGUCAGGUCAUUGUAGCCAUAAGCUAUGAUCCAGAGAGAGCCUACUGUGUUUGCACAGGCUGCAGCUUGAUGCAAAGUUUGCAUUGGCACAACUGGAUGUCAUUUAUUUACACGGUUCACUUUCCUCCCCUCUUGCAUCUCUCAGUAAACAGAAGCCGUGUUUUGAAAUUUCCCUGAAUUUAAAGUUCACUCUAAACGGAUGCUGGAGUAGCACUGAAGUGCAGGUGUAGACUGUGCCAGGCUCCAGGUGCGUUCCCCUGGUUUGGCAUGGAUAUUGGUGGGACGCUUGUGAAAUUGGUCUACUUUGAACCAAAGGACAUUACCGCCGAGGAGGAACAGGAGGAAGUGGAAAACCUGAAAAGCAUCAGGAAGUACUUGACUUCCAAUACAGCCUACGGUAAAACUGGGAUUCGAGAUGUCCACCUCGAACUGAAAAACUUGACUAUGUGUGGGCGGAAAGGGAACCUUCAUUUCAUCCGUUUUCCAAGCUGUGCUAUGCACAGGUUCAUACAGAUGGGUAGUGAAAAGAACUUCUCAAGCUUGCACACCACACUUUGUGCCACAGGAGGCGGAGCUUACAAGUUUGAAGAAGACUUUCGAACGAUUGCUGACCUCCAGCUUCAUAAGCUAGAUGAGUUGGACUGCUUGAUCCAGGGCCUGCUCUAUGUGGAUUCUGUCGGUUUCAACGGCCACCCGGAGUGCUAUUAUUUCGAAAACCCCGCAGAUCCUGAACGGUGUCAGAAAAAGCCUUACUGCCUUGAUAAUCCUUUUCCUAUGUUGCUGGUUAACAUAGGCUCUGGGGUCAGCAUCUUAACUGUGUAUUCCAAGGACAACUAUAAGAGAGUUACGGGGACCAGUCUCGGUGGUGGUACAUUCCUGGGCCUGUGUUGUUUGCUGACUGGCUGUGAGACUUUUGAAGAAGCGCUGGAAAUGGCAGCUAAAGGGGACAGCACCAAUGUUGAUAAGCUGGUGAAGGAUAUUUAUGGAGGAGACUAUGAACGGUUUGGUCUUCAGGGAUCUGCCGUAGCAUCAAGCUUCGGCAACAUGAUGAGCAAAGAAAAGCGAGAUUCCAUCAGUAAAGAGGACCUAGCAAGAGCGACCUUAGUUACCAUCACCAAUAACAUCGGCUCCAUCGCUCGGAUGUGUGCUCUGAAUGAGAACAUUGAGAGGGUGGUGUUUGUCGGAAACUUCCUGAGAAUCAACACGGUCGCUAUGAAGGUACUUGCAUAUGCCAUGGACUACUGGUCAAAGGGACAACUCAAAGCUCUCUUUUUGGAACACGAGGGUUAUUUUGGUGCUGUUGGGGCCCUUCUGGAAUUGCUUAAAAUGACAGAUGAUCAAUGAUGAAGCCUCCAGGAGCCCAAUGCCUGUAGAAGCUGCUACAAGACGGACAGCUGCUAGGAGGAUGGAAAGAAGCCAUGACGGACACUCUUACCUGCUGGAUUUGUAAAUAAUAAUUUAAACUCCUUUUAGCUGAUCUUUUAACUUUAGGGUUGGACAUUAGCUUCACAAUUUGUACCAGGAAUCUAAAAGAAAAAAAGAGGCAUUUUAAAGUGUAUACAACAUUUUUUAAGACAAAAAAAAAUGUGCAAUGUGGCCAAACAUGGCAGAUUUUUAUGGAUCGUGUCUAAAAAGUGGAUACUGUGUGGGAAAUGGACCUAAGAUAUGUGACGACACUGGUUUUAUUUUAUUAUUUUUCUUCUGGGGUUUACUGACCUAGUGUGAUAUAAUUAUUCUUUUAGUAAUUGCUCUAGGAGAUUUUUUUUAUUAAAAUCUUUCAUGACGUUUCAUGAUUGCUGUUGGUUUCAGGUGAAACCGCAAAACUAGUAUAUAGUGUGAGCAGUAAUGAAUCUUGUUGCCUUCAUUAUUAUUAUUAUUAUUAAACUGUGUUUCCAUUUCCCCCAAACUUUCUGUGAUUGCCCAUGUUGUCAUCAAAUCCACCGAAAAUAGGAAGAAGACCUCAACCUUUCCUUUCAGAAACUCGCGCACAAUGAGUUAACUAUUCCUUGUAGCACCGGAAAUCCUUAUUUGUGGUACGCUGAGCUGAAAAAAAAUAUUAUUGGGCCAUGGGCAGGGGGAGGACUAAUUCCCACAGUCUGCAGAUGCAGAUGACAUGGUAGACCUGUGUUCUUACAUACCUGAAUGCGCCUGCAUGCAAAGAAAACACAUUGGUACCUCUACUUACUAAUUUAAUGCGUUCCGAACACACAUGUGUAAGUCGAAAUAAUUUGUAAGUCGAAUCCCAUAGGAAUGCAUUGGGAGAAAAAUUCAUAAGUCGAAGCAACCCUAUCUAAAAAUCCGUAAGUAGAAAAAAUCCUAUCUAAACCGCAUCCAAGAUGGCGGACGGAGCUCCAUUUGUAAGUAGAAAAAUUUGUAAGUAGAGGUACCACUGCAUAUCUCUUCCCCUCUCAUGCCAGCAUUCUACAUGCAGAUGUGUUUUUCUUUUUUCAUAUGGAGAAGCAUUCAAUCGUGUGAACCCCCACCUGAAAUCUGAAAAUGGUACAAUCCAGCAAGUUUAACCACCUCCUCUGCUGUUUGUGAGAACUGGGCCUUACUUAAAAUACAUUUUUAGUAUGCUGAAAAGUUCUUCGGCUGUUACAAGACGAAUGCCAUGCCAUAUAUCUGACACUUUUAAAAAUGUCAAAUGUGUCAGACCACAUGUUGAGUAUUAAUGUGUACUAUUUCUUAGAAGUUCUUAUUGAUAUUUACCACAAGGAACAAACAACAUACAGUGGUGGUAUAAAAUGUUCAAAUUUAAAAUGUUUGAGUGAAUUAACUACGUGCCCUGGCUGAUCAACUACAAGAAUUAUGGACCUCGCAAAGAACAGAUUAAUUUCCUAAGUUCCUUUCUACCUUGUUGAUUCACAUUGGAAAGACAGUUCUGUUUUUGCAAAAUGUAAAAUGUCUGUCACGUGGUGGCAGGGGAUGACACCAUUAGCUUUAAGGAGCAAACGUUCUCUCUAAUAAAUUUGAAUUAUUUGUUUGGAAUACAGUAUUUGAUUUCUUUACCUUGAAACCUUUAAUAAAUUAACACUAACUGUUCACUUACCUGGCUGAAAUAAAAACAAUCCAUUACUGUUGUGAUGGCUUUGAAUGCAUCUGUGGCCUCCUUUUCAUUUAAGAGCUUUACUGUCCUGCUUUUCUUAACUUUUCAGGUUUUCAUUACAGGCAUAGCUGCCAAGUUUUCCCUUUUCUCGCGAGGAAGCCUAUUCAGCAUAAGGGAAAAUCCCUUUAAAAAAGGGAUAACUUGGCAGCUAUGAUUACAGGUGCUUAAUUAUUUGUUGGAUUGUUUAAAACAAUGCAGAAGAGGGGUGGGGAAGCCAGCUGAACAUAACACCCAAAGGUGGACAAUCCAGUUCCACACCUAAAUCCCUGCCAUUAUACCUAAAAUACUGGAUUUAACAUUUGUGGGCGGAGUUAUAAAGUAGCAUUUACAAUAGGUCUACGGACAAGAUGAGCAGCAGCAUCGAAUACUCUUUUCAGGGUGGGAAAAGCACUUAGAGUCUCAACAAAUAUAUGAAUUUAGAUACAGUGGUACCUCGGGUUACAGAUGCUUCUAGAUUACAGUCUCCACCAACCCAGAAAUAGUACCUUGGGUUAAGAACUUUGCUUCAGGAUGAGAACAGAAAUCACAUGAUGGCGGCACGGCGGCAGCAGGAGGCCCCAUUAGCUAAAGUGGUACCUCAGGUUAAGAACAGUUUCAGGUUAAGAACAGACCUCCAGAACAAAUUAAGUUCUUAACUCGAGGUACCACUGUACAGUACUUUACAUGUUUGUCUACCAAGCAACUCUGGAGCUGAGUACAGUAUAUAUGUCCGGCAAACCCUGACAGAACAAUGCAAAAAGCAGCAGGAGGUUUAGGCGAUGCAGAUAAAGUAAUUUACUCUUGUCUUUUGGUGACACACGCCCCCAGUCAGAAAAUGCCUCUUGUGUUCUCUCCCAGAGGCCUCUUCAAAUGCAGGACUGUUAGCCGGAUCUCUUUCUUGCAGGCUUUAAUUCUUCCAGUAGAGGGCAAUGUUGGACGGGAGUUUGAAGUUUUCAAACCCGUCUCUCAUGUGGGAUUUUGUGAUUUAAAAGAACAGCCUUGUGAAGCUGAGGCUCCAAUACUUUGGCCACCUCGUGAGAAGACAAGACUCCCUGGAAAAGACACUGAUGUUGGGAAAGAUUGAGGGCACUAGGAGAAGGAGACGACAGAGGACGAGAUGGUUGGACAGUGUUCUCGAAGCUACGAACAUGAGUUUGACCAAACUGCGGGAGGCAGUGCAAGACAGGAGUGCCUGGCGUGUUAUGGUCCAUGGGGUCACGAAGAGUCGGACACGACUAAAUGACUAAACGACAACAACAAGAACUGCCAAAAUGCUUUCUGACAGAACAUGCACAGUUUGUUUUCAUUUUGUAAAAAAAAACAAAACAGACAAGCUUAUUCUCAGAUUCAAAGGCAGAUUAAAAAGAAACAAACACAGAAUGUGUUGUGUAUAGAAA